AUGUCGCAGGACGACGAGCGGAUGGAAGUAGCAGAAGAUCAAAACAUCGAGGAUGCCAUUCUGGAAGACGCCAGCGACGACGAGGACAAGGACGGCAACGAUGAUACCGGCCAGGCGGUGAAGGCAAAAGUUUACUUGCCUGGUCAAUCGUUGGCCGAGGACGAGGAGCUGGUGUGCGACGAAUCGGCCUACAUUAUGCUGCAUCAGGCUCAGACGGGUUCACCGUGUCUCAGCUUCGACGUGGUGCACGAUCCUUUGGGUGAGGAUCGCGAAGAGUUCCCGCUGACGGCGUUUCUCGUCGCCGGAACGCAGGCUGCCCGGACGCACGUGAACAGUGUGAUCGUGAUGAAAAUGUCCAACCUACAGCGGACGGCACGUGAAAAGGGCGACGAUUCGGACGAUUCCGGCGAAGAAAGCGACGACGAAGAUGUGGGCACCAAGAGCUCGCUUCCGCACAUGGAUUGUGCCCUGAUCAAGCACGCCGGGUGCGUGAACCGGUUGCGCGUCACCACGUUCAACGGUGCGCAGUACGUGGCCAGUUGGAGCGAGAUGGGCAAGGUACACAUCUACAACAUCAACGAUCAGCUGGCGGCGGUUGAUGAUCAGCAGGCUUGCCGGACAUACCAGCAGAACAAGAUGGCCGAUAAGAUUACGCCCGUCUACAGCUUUUCCGGACACCAAAAGGAGGGCUUUGCGCUCGACUGGUGUACCACGACGCGUGGCAUGUUGGCCACCGGAGACUGUCGGCGAGACAUUCACAUUUGGCGGCCAAACGAUAAGGGCGGCUGGAAUGUCGAUCAACGGCCACUGAUCGGACACACGGACUCCGUCGAGGACAUUCAGUGGAGCCCGAACGAGGCGAACGUGCUGGCCUCAUGCUCGGUGGACAAAUCCAUUCGCAUCUGGGACUGCCGAGCGGCUCCAUCGAAGGCGUGCAUGCUAACGGCGGCCAACGUGCACGAAAGUGACGUGAAUGUGAUCAGUUGGAACCGAAACGAACCUCUGAUUGCUAGUGGCGGCGAUGAUGGGGUACUGCACGUGUGGGACUUGCGCCAAUUCCAGACGAAAACUCCCGUUGCCACAUUCAAGCACCACUCGGAUCACAUCACGACGGUCGAGUGGCAUCCGAAGGAAUCGACCAUACUGGCGUCCGGUGGCGACGAUGAUCAGAUCGCACUGUGGGAUCUGUCGGUUGAGAAGGACGACGCUGAGGCCGACAAGGACCCGAACGACGAUCCCAAUCUGAAGGAUCUGCCACCCCAGCUGUUGUUCAUCCACCAGGGGCAGAAGGAAAUUAAAGAAUUGCAUUGGCAUCCGCAGCUUAAGGGUGUGCUGCUGUCGACCGCCCACAGCGGCUUCAACGUUUUCCGUACGAUAAGUGUGUAGACCGGGGGA